AUGGGUGUUUUGCGGAAGGUAAUCGUUGCGCUCGCCGCGGCGCCUGCCGCGGCGCAGCUCUUCCCCGUGCGCGGCAGCGACUCGUCCCUGAAAUUCGCCGUCCACGACGACGGCACCUGCGAGGGCAGCGGCCGCUUCGUCGCGCCGCGCCUCGAGGCGCGCGAGGUCCUCGUCAUCCGCGACGUCGACGUCCUGCAGCAGUUCGAGGCCAUCAAGGCGACGACGGCGCAGGCCAAGGCGGCGCGCGACGGCGAGCUCGCGGACGUGCGCGCCGCGGCCAAGGCCAACGCCGCCGCGGACGGGUCGCUCGCGGAGCGCGUCACGAACGUCGAGGCCGUCGCCGUCCUCGCCGACGAGACGAACCAGGCCCAGGAGACCGCCAUCGCCAAGGUGGCCGGCGACAUGCGCGCCGCGCUCGAGCAGAAGCAGACGAAGGACGGCGAGCUCGCGGCGGCGGCGAAGGCCGACGUCGACGCGCGGUUCAAGCAGAAGCAGGAGCAGGACGACGCCUUGGCGGCGACGACGAAGGCCGAGGUCGACGGAAAGCUUACCGCGAUCGACGAGCAGUUCAAGCAGAAGCAGGAGAAGGACGACGCGCUCGCGGCGACGUCCAAGGCUGAGGUCGACGCCAAGUUCACCGCCAUCGACGAGCAGUUCAAGCAGAAGCAGGAGACGGACGACGCGUUGGCCGCGACGACCAAGGCUGAGGUCGACGCCAAGUUCACCGCCAUCGACGAGCAGUUCAAGCAGAAGCAGGAGACGGACGACGCGUUGGCCGCAACGACGAAGACGGACGUGGACGCAAAGUUCAAGCAGAAGCAGGAGCAGGACGACGCCUUGGCGGCGACGACGAAGACGGAGGUGGACGGCAAAUUCGCCGCCAUCGACGAGCGGUUGAAGCAGAAGCAAGAGAAGGACGACGAAUUGGCCGCGACGACAAAGACCGAGGUCGACGGCAAGUUCGCGGCGAUCGACGAGCGAUUCGCGCAGAAGCAGCAGAAGGACGACGAAUCGGCGGCGACGACGAAGACCGAGGUGGACGCCAAGUUCGCGGCCCUCGACGAGCGACUGAAGCAGAAGCAGCAAAAAGACGACGAACUGGCGACGACGACGAAAGCGGACGUCGACGCGAAAUUCGCCCAAAAGCAGGAGAAGGACGACGCGUUGGCGGCGUCGACGAAGACCGAGCUCGAUGCCAAAUUCGCGGCCAUGGAGGAGCAGCGCCAGCAGAAGCAGCAGAAAGACGACGAAGUGGCGACGGCGACCAAGGCCGAGGUCGACGGCAAAUUUACGGCCCUCGACGAGCGAUUGAAGCAGAAGCAGGAACAGGACGACGCGUUGGUUGCCGCGACGAAGACCGAGGUCGACGGCAAGUUCACCGCGAUCGACGAGCGGUUGAAGCAGAAGCAGGAGCAGGACGACGCGCUCGCGGCGACGACGAAGACCGAGGUCGAGGCCAAGUUCGCCGCCGCCGAGGCGCGGCGCCAGGAGCAGCUGCAGGCGGACGAGGAGGCGGCGCUCAAGAAGCAGCUCGCGCUCGACCAGCGCCUCGGCAAGGCGGACGCCGCGGCCAAGGAGAACGCGGCCGCGGACGCGGCGCUCGCGGAGCGCGUCACGAACGUCGAGGCCGUCGCCGUCAUGGCCGACGAGCACAACCAGGUCCAGGACGCCGCCAUCGCCACGGCGGCGAGCGACGCGGCCGCCGCGCUCGCGGCGAAGCGGGUCGAGGACGACGCGCUCGCGGCCAAGGCCAAGGCCGACGUCGACGAGCGCUUCCAGCAGAAGCAGGCGGCGGACGACGCGCUCGCGGCGACGACCAAGGCGGCGCUCGACGAGAAAUUCCGGGUCCUCGAGGAGCAGCGCCAGCAGAAGCAGGAGAAGGACGACGCUUCGGCCGCGGCGACCAAGGCCGAAGUCGACGGGAAAUUCUCCGCGGUCGACGAGCGGCUCAAGCAGAAGCAGGAAAAAGACGAUGCUCACGCGGCGACGACCAAGGCGGACGUCGACGCGCGAUUCACGCAGAAGCAGGAGAAGGACGACACGCUCGCGGCGGCGACCAAGGCCGAAGUCGACGGGAAAUUCUCCGCGAUCGACGAGCGGCUCAAGCAGAAGCAGGAAAAAGACGAUGCUCACGCGGCGACGACCAAGGCGGACGUCGACGCCAAGUUCGCGGCCCUCGACGAGCGCCUGCAACAGAAGCAGCAAAAGGACGACGACUCGGCGAAGACGACGGCCGCGGGCGUCGACGCCAAGUUCGCCGCCGUCGACGAGCGCCUCGCGCAGAAGCAGCAGGCCGACGACGAGCGCGCCGCGCAGAAGCAGGCCAAGGACGACGAGCUCGCCAAGGCGGCGGCCGCCGCGUCGGAGGCCAAGUUCGCCGCGAUCGAGGCGCGGCGCGAGGAGGCGCUGCGCGCGGCCGAGGAGCGGCGGAAGAGCGACGACGAGCAGGAGCGCGCCUACCGGGACGACGUCGCGCAGCGCCUCGCCGCGCUCGAGAAGAAGUUCGACGACAAGCUCCGCGUCGUCCAGUCGAAGCUCGACGCCAAGGCCCGCGUCAUCGACAACCUCGUCAACAUCGUCGCGCGCGACGCCUCCGGCGAGCUCCAGACGCUCCGCGCGGUCCGCGACGAGCUCACCCAGGCCAUGCAGGCGUAA